UAAAUACAUACACACACACAUAUAGAGAGAGAGAGAGAGAGAUAGCGAAGGUAACUGGAUCUAGAUCUUCGCCAAUUUGUUUGAUUCUCUUCUCUGGUUCUGGUAAAUGCGAUAAUGGUGAUUCGAAGACCUCCUCUAUCAUUACAUCUAUGGAUCUCCGUUUCUCUUCUUUUCUUCAUCCAUGCCCACUCCUUUUAUCUCCCCGGUGUCGCUCCCCAAGAUUUCCAGAAGGGGGAUCCUUUGAAGGUGAAAGUGAACAAACUGACUUCUACGAAGACGCAGCUUCCUUAUUCUUUCUAUUCCCUUCCUUACUGCAAGCCAGAAAAAAUUGUUGACAGUGCCGAAAAUCUGGGUGAAGUUCUCCGUGGUGAUCGUAUUGAGAACUCUCCUUUUGUGUUUAAAAUGCGAGAACCUCAAAUGUGCAAAGUUGUAUGUCGGGUAGUACUUAAUGCCAAAACUGCAAAGGAAUUUAAGGAAAAGAUAGAUGAUGAAUAUCGGGUGAACAUGAUUUUGGAUAAUCUUCCUCUGGUUGUUCCCAUUCGAAGGCUGGAUCAGGAAUCAUCCAUUGUGUAUCAACAUGGCUAUCAUGUUGGUAUCAAAGGACAAUAUGCUGGAAGCAAGGAGGAAAAGUACUUUAUCCAUAACCACUUGACAUUCACGGUGAAGUUUCACAAGGACCCACAAACAGAGACUGCAAGGAUCGUAGGUUUUGAAGUCAAGCCAUUCAGUGCCAAGCAUGAAUAUGAAGGCCAAUGGAGUGACAAGACUCGUUUAACAACAUGUGACCCCCAUGCAAAGCGCACAAUUACCAACUCAGAAUCUCCUCAAGAGGUUGACAAUAAGAAGGAAAUUAUUUUCACAUAUGAUGUUGAGUUUCAAGAAAGUGACGUGAAGUGGGCAUAUCGAUGGGAUACCUAUCUUCUGAUGGCUGAUGAUCAAAUUCACUGGUUUUCAAUUGUCAAUUCGUUGAUGAUUGUUCUUUUCCUUUCGGGCAUGGUGGCUAUGAUAAUGCUGAGGACACUGUACCGUGAUAUCUCGAAGUACAACCAGUUGGAGACCCAGGAAGAAGCCCAAGAAGAGACAGGAUGGAAACUGGUUCAUGGGGAUGUUUUCAGACCCCCCGAGAACUCUGAUCUUCUAUGUGUUUAUGUUGGGACAGGUGUUCAAUUUUUCGGGAUGAUACUCGUCACUAUGAUGUUUGCUGUCCUCGGGUUUCUAUCUCCUUCAAAUAGAGGUGGGUUGAUGACGGCCAUGCUUCUUCUGUGGGUCUUCAUGGGCCUUUUUGCUGGAUACGCUUCUGCCCGCCUCUACAAGAUGUUUAAAGGAACAGAAUGGAAGAAAAUCACCCUGAGAACAGCUUUCAUGUUCCCCGCAUCUGUCUUUGCCAUAUUCUUUGUCUUGAACGCUUUGAUUUGGGGAGAGAAAUCUUCCGGGGCAGUCCCAUUCGGAACAAUGUUUGCUCUGGUCGUUCUAUGGUUUGGUAUCUCUGUCCCACUCGUUUUCGUGGGUAGUUAUGUCGGGUUUAAGAAACCAGCAAUGGAAGAUCCUGUAAAAACUAACAAAAUCCCGAGGCAAAUACCUGAACAGGCCUGGUACAUGAACCCAGUUUUCUCUAUCCUCAUCGGGGGCAUACUUCCAUUUGGAGCUGUAUUUAUCGAGCUCUUUUUCAUCCUCACAUCGAUCUGGUUGCAGCAAUUCUACUACAUUUUUGGGUUCCUCUUCAUUGUCUUCAUCAUCCUAAUUGUCACUUGUGCUGAGAUCACUAUCGUGCUCUGCUACUUCCAACUAUGCAGCGAGGACUACCUUUGGUGGUGGAGAUCAUACCUAACUUCAGGAUCGUCAGCGCUAUACCUGUUCCUAUAUUCGGCUUUCUAUUUCUUCACAAAGCUCGAGAUUACAAAGCCGGUAUCGGGCGUCUUGUACUUCGGUUACAUGUUGAUUGUCUCGUACGCGUUCUUCGUGCUUACAGGUACGAUUGGUUUCUAUGCAUGUUUCUGGUUCACAAGGCUCAUCUACUCAUCGGUCAAGAUUGAUUGAAGCGAUGAUUGCAACACGAAAACCACAUGGAACCAUAUAUUCUUCUUCCAAGUUACUUGUGGAAUUUUCAGUUUUUAAAUCUUAAAAAUCAUAGAAAUUGUUUUUUCUUUUUAACCUUCUUGAUACAGGUUCUUUGAAGUACAAGUUCUCUUUUCUUUAUCUUUUUGCUUCACUGUUCUGUAUUGAGACAUUCUGAGAGGAUUCUCAAGCAAUACCGGUCCUCUGUGACUCGUGCCUAUUUUAGAAAUGAAGGAAUUUUUGUAUUAUCAUUUA